AUGGCGGUGACGAACUUCUUCGCCAACAAAAUCGCCACCGAGCUCCUCAAGAUGCUCAUAACCAUCUCAAGGAAAUCAAUGUUCUGCAAGAACAAUGCCGAAGAACUCAUCACUUCUAUAGAAGAACUCCAACCGAUCAUUCACGAAAUCAAAUACAUCGGCACAGAACUUCUGGCGGCUCGCCAGCGUCAAAUUGAUACCCUCUCCGAAACUCUCCGUAAUGGCCUUGAGCUCGCUGGAAAAGUCCUCAAUUCCGACUGUCGGAACAUGUACAAGAACUUACAGUUAGAGAGAAAGAUGGAGAAGCUUGAAAAAAAUGUUUCAAGCCCCAAUAAUCCUCCAUGGAUUAAAAGACAACUCCAAUUGCAGGAUUCUACAUGGGGAGAAGAAUGGCGACGAAAACAUGUGAGUUCCCGUUCAACUGGUGUCCCCAUUGUCCUAUGA